AUGGCGCAUAGGGUAGAUCAGGAAUACGAUUAUUUGUUUAAGAUCGUGUUGAUUGGCGAUUCUGGUGUUGGGAAAUCGAACAUUUUGUCGAGAUUCACAAGGAAUGAGUUUUGCUUGGAAUCUAAAUCCACUAUCGGUGUCGAAUUCGCCACCAGAACUACUCAGGUGGAAGGAAAAACGAUUAAGGCCCAGAUCUGGGAUACUGCAGGUCAGGAGAGAUACAGGGCCAUCACCAGCGCUUAUUACAGAGGCGCAGUGGGUGCACUUCUUGUUUACGACAUCACCAAGAGACAGACCUUUGACAAUGUCUUAAGGUGGUUGCGGGAACUGAGAGACCAUGCCGAUUCCAACAUUGUGAUCAUGAUGGCUGGUAACAAAUCUGAUCUGAACCAUUUGAGAUCCGUUGCUGAAGAAGAUGGUCAGAGUUUGGCCGAGAAGGAAGGUCUCUCUUUCUUGGAGACAUCUGCGCUUGAAGCAACCAACGUCGAGAAAGCGUUUCAGACCAUCUUAGGAGAAAUCUACCAUAUCAUAAGCAAAAAGGCGCUGGCUGCACAAGAAGCAGCCGCAGCUAAUUCCGCAAUUCCUGGUCAAGGAACUACAAUUAACGUCGAUGACACAUCUGGAGGUGCGAAACGAGCAUGUUGCUCUACUUAA